UCACCUUCCUUCUCUUUUCACCUUCCAUCUUUCUUCUUCAUUAUCCCUUUAAUUCCAUCAUCUCGAACCUUCUAAGGGCAGAUUUUAUUCAUGGAGAGUCCGAGGAGAAUUAAGGGUCGGUCGAUUUUGCAGGCGUCUGAGUUGACUCGUGACAGGUCAGACGAGUUUGCUGAGCAAGAAACUACUUUGAGUGAGGAUUCACCCAUGACAGAGUGGACAGAUGAGAAACAUAGUUUAUACCUUGAUUCCAUGGAAGCCUCAUUUGUUAACCAGUUAUAUGGUUCAAUGAAUUUUCUUGGUUUCAACUUACCCAACAAGAAGUCAUCAGGCACAAGAUCAUCAUCAUCAUCAUCCAGGCGAACUCAUGGUGAUCAUGCUCAUACCACUCCUUCUGAUCAGUUUAAAGUUCUUCAAGGGGGUUGCUUGAAGAAGAUCAAUUUUGAAAGACCUGAAUUUGGAGUAAAUGGAGUAAGUCAUGGUUUGGUGGCAAGUCCUUGGAUCCAGCACUUUCGAUCAGGUUCUAGGCUCCAUCAUGUUUUAACAUCUCCUAGUAUUCAUCAAAGUGCUUCAAUGGAUUUAGAUGGGAAACAAACAAUUCUUUUAGGAUCAGCUUCAAAUUCUAAGCACUUUCAUCCAUGCCGCUCUGAUCAUUUGUAUAAUCAUGAUUUGAUUGGCAGCAACACAGAGGUGACAGAUCAGAACUUUGCCGAUGAUGAAACUGGUGAAAAGGCAAGCAAUGCGUGCAGCUCUAAGAAGAAGAAGAAGAAGACCAUUGAAACCGAUACAUCAAGCAAUGAUCAUACCAUCUACAGAACUUACAAGCAUCCAAAACAAUCAUUGCACCUCUAAUUUCUCUCCAUUUCUCAACUGCUCUUGAAUUAUGGUUCCUUAGUGUAUGAAGCCUCUACUGUCACCAAAAACACAGCUGAUUAUCAAAUAUCUAUGGCUAGAGCUAGAUAAAUGGCAUGGAAUUGGCGACGAUUGUUCAAAGCGCAAAAUAACUUCUGUAUUUUGUUAAAUUAAAAGUGAGCACAUAUUGAUUCAUGUGGUUCGAAGGGAUUCAAUUAGACUCAUUUAGUUAUUAAUUUAUUCAAUAAUCUCCAUUUACCCAA